AUGCUUACAGUGUUAGGAAAUUUAGCAGUGAUUUUUACAAUAUCUCACUUUAAGCAUCUUCAUACGCCAACUAACAUGCUUUUGAUUUCAUUGGCCUUUGCAGAUUUUCUGGUGGGAAGUAUUAUCAUGCCUUUUUACCUUCCUAGUUCAAUAGAUGCCUGCUGGUAUUUUGGUGAUGUAGUUUGUUUUAUUUUUGUCAUAUCUGCACUUGUGGCAUUUGCUGUGUCUGUAACUAAUAUCGUUUUCAUUGCCUUUGAUCAUUAUUUUGCCGUAUGUUACCCGCUGCUUUACAGUACCAAAAUAACCUUCCGUGUAACUCUAAGUUCUGUUGCAUUUAGUUGGCUAUUAUCCUUGUUAUAUGCAUUUUUAAUGUUUUAUAUGAAUGGAAAUUUUAAUGGCUUAGACACAUUGCGUAAAUGUUUAGGAGAAUGUUUAGUCAUAUUUAAUGAAACACUAAAGGUUGUUGAUAUGGCCUGUAUGUUUGUUAUUCCCUGUUCUAUAGUAAUGCUUUUGCAUGGUAAAAUCUUUAUGAUAGCAAGAAGACAUGUAAAAAUAAUUAAUGCAAUGGCUAAUCAAAUACAUUCAAAAUGUAAUAACAAAGGAGGCAUACCUAAAAAAUCUGAAAAAAAAGCUGCCACAACAUUAGGAAUUGUUGUGCUUGUGUAUAUCUUUUGUUGGGUGCCUUACUAUACUUCUAUUAUUAUUAAUGAAUAUCUUGUAAUUACAGUUCCUUCUUCAGUAAGUGUAAGUUUAACCUGGUUAAUCUAUUUAAAUUCAUGUAUGAAUCCAAUUAUCUAUGCUUUAUAUUAUCCCUGGUUCCAAAAUUCACUAAAACAGAUGCUAAAUUUAAAAAUACGUUUUUAG